CGUGAGAGCUUAGCAUUUCAUAACGCUUCUGUUUUGUUCUACAUUUUUCUAGAAGGAGUCUAGGGAGCCGAAAGUGAGAGUGCCUGUGCCUUGCAGCAAUGUCAGGGGAUGCAGCUCCAAUCCCAGAACAGGUAAAUGGCAACAGUUGCAGCCAAGAAAACAAACCUUCAAAUCUGCGAGCUUCGGAGAAGAAGUGCUCAUGGGCCUCUUAUAUGACCAAUUCCCCUACUCUGAUUGUAAUGAUAGGCCUUCCUGCAAGAGGCAAGACCUAUGUGUCCAAGAAAUUAACUCGCUACCUCAACUGGAUUGGAGUGCCUACAAAAGUGUUUAAUUUAGGAGUGUAUCGUCGUGAAGCAGUACAAUCAUACAAAUCAUAUGAUUUCUUCAGACAUGAUAAUGAAGAAGCCAUGAGGAUUCGAAAACAAUGUGCCUUGGUGGCCCUUGAAGAUGUGAAAGUUUAUCUCAUGGAAGAGUGUGGCCAGAUUGCUGUCUUUGAUGCAACCAACACAACUCGAGAGAGGCGGGACAUGAUCUUAAAUUUUGCGAAGGACAAUUCUUUUAAGGUUUUUUUUGUGGAGUCUGUCUGUGAUGAUCCAGAGGUCAUUGCUGCCAAUAUAUUGGAAGUGAAAGUCUCGAGCCCCGACUACCCAGAGAGAAACCGAGAGAAUGUGAUGGAUGAUUUCCUAAAGCGAAUAGAGUGCUAUAAAGUCACCUAUCAGCCUCUUGAUCCAGUUCAUUAUGACAAAGACCAUUCUUUCAUUAAGGUGAUCAACGUAGGGCAGCGCUUCCUUGUCAACCGUGUCCAGGAUUACAUCCAAAGUAAAAUUGUCUAUUACCUCAUGAAUAUUCAUGUUCAGCCACGCACCAUCUAUCUUUGUAGACAUGGCGAGAGUGAGUGCAACCUUGUCAGCAAGAUUGGUGGGGACUCCGGCCUGUCAACACGAGGGAAGCAGUUUGCACAAGCACUGAAAAAGUUCAUCAGAGAUCAGGAGAUUGGGGAUCUGAAGGUUUGGACGAGCCAGUUGAAGAGAACAAUCCAGACAGCAGAGGCCUUGGGGGUACCAUAUGAGCAAUGGAAGAUAUUGAAUGAGAUUGAUGCAGGAGUAUGUGAAGAAAUGACCUAUGAAGAAAUUCAAAAGAAAUAUCCAGAUGAAUUUGCACUUCGGGAUCAAGAUAAAUACCUUUAUCGUUACCCUGGAGGAGAAUCUUACCAAGACUUGGUCCAGCGCUUGGAACCUGUGAUUAUGGAGCUUGAACGUCAGGGUAACGUCCUAGUUAUUGCUCACCAGGCAGUUAUGAGAUGCCUACUGGCCUAUUUUCUUGAUAAGAGUGCAGAUGAGCUACCCUACCUGAAGUGCCCUCUUCAUACCAUUUUGAAGCUCAUACCAGUUGCUUAUGGGUGCAAAUUGGAAAUGAUUUCUCUGGAUGUUGAAGCUGUGGACACACACCGAGACAAGCCAUCUACAACGAACAACCUUCCAAAGAGCCAAACCCCUGUCAGGAUGAGAAGGAACAGCUUUACACCACUAGCCAGUCCGGACACAGUAAAACGUCCUCGCAAUUACAGUGUUGGGAGCAAGCCUCUCAAUCCAGCAGGGUCUAUGCUGUUCCUGGAAGCUCAAGAUGGGGCUGAUCAACAGAAGCUGCAAGACAGUGUUCAGCUUCAAUUGGGAAGUGCUUGCCUGGCGAAAUCAGACGCAAUCAUCUGUGAGCCCCUGGUGUCUGCCUCUACCACCAAGCCAAAGAAGAGCUGACCUCACAAUCUACUAGAAGUAAUCCAUUUGGGUCAUGGAAAAUCAAAAUGGAGGCCUCAGAAAAUAAAUCACCAUGGACUGACCCCUUGUAUUUGACCAAAAAACUGUGCAUUUGAUGAAGCUGCUGCUGUCUUCGGUGGCUUUCAACCAUGAUGGAGCACCAUGUUUUCUGGACCAAUGACACAUUCUCUAAUAUCUCUAAAAAAAGUAGUGGUGGAAAGUCACAUUCU